AAUUACUUUAUUGAACAAUGAGUGCCCCAAACAAUGUCCCGCACAUCGAUCGCGAGUUAGAUUUAUCUAAUACUGGGCGAGGAGUGUGGCUUGUAAAAGUACCUAAAUACAUUGCAAAUAAAUGGGAAAAGGCUCCUGGAAACAUUGAAGUAGGCAAGUUGAAGAUAUCGCGCGUGCCUGGUCAACGAGCUCAGGUGCAGCUCUCGCUGUCUGAAGCUGUAUUGUGUUUGAAAGACCCCGGUGAACAGAGCAUACCGAAAGAACACCGCCUUGACGUGUCAACUGUUACUCGACAGUCUUUGGGGGUGUUUUCUCAUGUUGUUCCAUCAAACACUGAUGCAGUGGUUCCAGAGUCAGAAAAGCUUUACAUGGAAGGGCGGAUAGUUCAAAAGCUAGAAUGUAGGCCAUAUGCUGAUAAUACAUACUACAGACUUAAAUCAGAAUCCAUAAGAAAAGCUUCAAUGCCUCAACGUCAAGUACAACAGUUGGACGGAAUUGUGCAAUGCUUCAAACCCGUGUCUGAUCAUCCACAUAAUAUAGACUAUCAAGGACGCAAAAAGGCAGAAGGUAAGAAAGCUCGUGAUGACAAAGAUGCAGUUCUCAACAUGCUGUUUGCUGCAUUUGAAAAGCAUCAGUACUACAAUAUCAAGGACUUGCAAAAGAUUACAAGGCAGCCUAUAGUGUACCUGAAGGAGAUAUUGAAAGAGGUAUGUAACUACAACUUGAAGAAUCCACACAAGAACAUGUGGGAGCUCAAACCGGAAUACAGACAUUAUAAGCAAGAAACCCCUGUAGAGGCUAAGGAAGAUAAGAAUAGUUCUGAUAGUGAGUAAAUUAUUAAAGUAUGUCUUUUAUGUGUCGUGUUUUCCCCCUGUACUAUGUCAAUUUAGUCUACCUCACAAAAGUAUAUAUAUUUCUUAACUGGAUCAAGUGUGGGACAUAUCAAACAGUGUCAGGGCCGUAUCAUGGAGAAACAUUUGGUAGGGUUGACCAAUGUUGAGAUUGACUGGAGAUGUUUCUUUAGAAGUGCAUAGUUGAGGUGGUAGUGAAAUUGUAAGUAAUAUAUUUUUAUAUUUUGUCAUGUCCUUUAAUAAUUAGAAGAGGGGAUACAUGCUGUAGACACACAUACACCUGAUUUGAAUUUGGUGCAUGUAGAUCAUAGAUUAUUAUAUUACAUAUUAGCAAUAAUGUAUAUUUGGUGUAAUUUUGCAUUGCAA